GGUCAAAGUUCAAACCUUCUAUAAAGCCAACGGCUACAAUUGUGUAUUCCUUCUCUUCCUCUCCAUCUCUACUCUCUAUUUCUCUCUACAGUCAUCGGAGACAAAUUUAUCGUUCUCCAUUGAUAAAAACUUGGCGAAAAUAUCGCUUUCCUCUAAAACUGAUUACCCCAAUCUAGGCGAAAGGGCAAAAGAUCGCCUCCGGCAGUUAAUUGCCAGUUUCGUAUUUCUAUUUUUCUUUCUUUUUUCUUUUUUUAAAGCUCCUAAAGGCCUAUUCACUUUCGGUUCUUCCCUGUCGGUAAGAAUCCACUCUCUCCUCCCUGCAUUCCUCGUCCUUCAUUUUCAAGGCGUGCUCUAGAAUGACCCAUUCUGAUAAACCCAGAAGCUGAAAAGAAACUCGGUUUUCUUUUCCAGAUUCAGCUUCUGGGUUUAUUUUGUUUUUUUUUUUUUUUUUGCUCAAAUCGCUGAUGUUCCUAUUUCUUUCUCCAUGGCUUCUGGAUUCAAAUUUUGAAGCUUAAAGGAAAUCAGUUUCCUUUUCGAGUUUUCCAGGUUUAGUUCGCUUUUGUUCAAUUUGUUGAGAAUCUCAUUUCCUUCUUGCUGGAUUUUGGGUUCAAAUUUUGAGGCUGAAAGGGAGUUUCCUUUUUCAAGUUUCAGCUUCUGGGUUUACUUUGUUUUUGUGUAAAUAGCUGGAAAUCCCAUUUCCUUCUAGAUUGAUUUUAGAGUCAAAUUCUGAAUAGACAGCGAGAGAGGGGGAAGAAACAAGAAAAUGUCUGUUGUCGACGUUGCUUUGGGGCCGAUUCAUAAAGAAUCGGCAUAUGUCCGUGGUUAUUGCAACAAUGGCCAGCAGGGACCUGUGCCUGAAGAGUCAUCAAUAUUAAUAUAUCUUAGUAUCGCUGGUUCCCUCAUUCCCAUGCGGGUCCUAGAGUCCGAUUCUAUAGCAUCAGUGAAGCUAAGGAUCCAGACAUGUAAAGGGUUUGCGGUGAAAAAGCAGAAGCUUGUUUUUGGAGGCAGAGAGCUGGCCAGAAACAAUUCCCUUGUUAAGGACUACGGAGUCAUUAGCGGCAAAGUUUUGCAUUUGGUUCUUAAGCUCUCUGAUCUCUUACUUAUCACUGUAAGGACCACUUGUGGACGGGAAUUUGAGUUUCAAGCGGAUAGAUAUCGGAAUGUUGGGUAUUUAAAGCAGCGGAUUUUCAAAGAAGGGAGAGUUUUUGUUGGAGUUGAGGAACAAGAGAUCUUUUACAAUGGUGAAAAGCUUGAUAACCAGAGGCUUAUCGGCGAUAUAUGCAGCAACAAUGAUGCUGCCAUUCAUUUGUUGGUCCAAAAAUCUGCACAGGUAAGGGCUAAGCCUUUGGAGAAAGAUUUUGAGAUUUCCAUUGUGGCAGUGAAUUCCAAUGAGAGAAGAGAGAGUGAAGUAGAAGGAGGACAGAAUCAACCUGAGGAGAUUGAGGUUGUCAGUAGGGAGCAACCUGCAGGUAGAAAUUUCUGGUUGAAACCAGUUAUUCUUAAUCCUAAGAUCAGAUUGAAUUCAGUUUUCUGGAACAUGGUUAACUCUACAUUUGAUGGGUUGGAGAGAGGAAAGUCACCCAUCCGAUCAUCUGAGGGGACAGGAGGAACUUAUUUUAUGCAAGAUCCAUCAGGCCAGAAGUUUGUUUCUGUUUUUAAACCCAUCGAUGAGGAACCAAUGGCUGUGAAUAACCCCCAUGGGCUACCUGUCUCAUCAAAUGGUGAAGGGCUGAAAAGGGGGACAAAGGUAGGAGAAGGAGCAGUGAGGGAAGUAGCAGCUUACUUAUUGGAUCAUCCAAGAAGUGGUCCGAGGGCAUUAUCUGGUGAGGUUAUUGGCUUUGCCGGUGUACCUCCUACCGUAAUUGUUCAAUGCUUGCAUGAAGGAUUUAACUAUCCCGAAGGAUAUGAAUAUGCGAUGAAAAAUGUAAAGACCGGAUCUUUACAGAUGUUUAUGAAGAAUGAAGGAAGUUGUGAUGAGAUGGGUCCAGGGGCUUUCCCAGUGGAAGAGGUGCAUAAGAUCAGUGUGCUGGACAUAAGAAUGGCCAACGCAGAUAGGCAUGCUGGAAAUAUAUUGGUUAACAAAGGGGAGAACGGUCAGAUUAUGCUCAUUCCAAUUGAUCAUGGAUACUGCUUGCCCGAGAAAUUUGAAGAUUGCACAUUUGAUUGGCUCUACUGGCCUCAAGCCCGGCAGGCUUACUCGCCUGAGGUAAUUGACUACAUAGAUUCACUGGAUGCAGAACAGGAUAUCACACUUCUGAAAUUUCAUGGGUGGGACAUUCCUCUUGAGUCUGCUCGUACACUUCGUAUAUCCACCAUGCUUUUGAAGAAAGGUGCAAAGAGGGGCCUCACUCCCUUUGCUAUUGGAAGUAUCAUGUGCAGAGAAACACUGAAUAAGGAAUCUGUGAUGGAGGAGAUUGUUCGUGAAGCCGAGGAUUCGCUGCUCCCUGGCAUGAGUGAAGCUGCGUUUCUUGAAACCGUCUCCGAGAUCAUGGACUCCCGGCUUGACAAACUCACAAAGUAAUUAAUUUGGCUCAGGUGUCAUGGAUUCCUUGACGAGCUGAAAAAAUUAAGUUCCAUAUGGUAUAAUUGUAGGUAUAUAAUUGUAUGUAAAUUGAAUGAUGAGUCCAUUUUUAGAUGGACUGCAGUGAUGUAUGAUAUAUGGAUGGCUUAUCUUUGUCAUAAGCUAGAAAACCUUCAAUUUUCUUGCUGCUGCCUACUCUCGCUUCUGUCCAUCAAUACCUGAGUUUUUUGUAUUGGAUGCAGAACAGAAGUUCAAAUACCUUGAAUAAUAUAUGUGGUGCUUAGAUGA